ACAUCCACACACUUCCGGCAUCACCCACCAUCAUCUGUUGAUUGCCGGCUUUUGUUGCCACUUACACAGUUUGGUGUAAUUGUCGACUCGGUUUCCGGUGUGUCUACCAAUCGUAAUAGCCCGUUACUUUUCAUGACGGCCACCGAGCGCCAAACAGUCAACACAGUCCAACGGUGCGUUUUUGCUUGUUUACAACGGCCCUCCCUGCCCCCCACCCAUCCCACACGAAAAUUCAUGUCGUGUGCACCUUUGCAACGCCCAAAGCUGUCUUGUUGACAGCACUGCAUGCAUUUUGGACAUUACUGACGUGUCAACAGAAUAGUGGACCAGCCGUUUGACGCGUGACGUUAGUUUCGGUCCCCUCUUCACCGAUCUCCUCCUCGAACACCACAACAUCGCUGAGAACAAAAAGUUCUCGGCUUGCAACACAGCAAAGGACACAGUCGGCGAUGGUUGCAAAGGGCGUCGACAUGGAGGCCCUCUCCCCAAGGGAUGCCAACGCCCAGCGGCUCCCUCGGACUGAGCUGAAGACUAAGGCCGCAGCACAGGUUCUGAAAGCCGCAAAGGACAAGGAACACCCGCCACCACCACCCAACAAUGUCGUCGAACCACCCAGCUCGGACCGGAGGGAAGGCAUGGUGUACGAGGUUGGCAAGGCCUUGGGCAAGGGCGGGUUUGCCAUCUGCUACGAGGGGGCACCAGCUGGAUCCUCCAAAAAGUUUGCGCUCAAGAUUGUCAAAAGCCAGAUGCCAACGAAGAUGGAGCAAAAGUUCCAAACCGAGCUGCAAAUUCACUCCAAAAUGCGACAUCAGAAUAUUGUCCAGUUCCACCGCGCCUUCACUUUCGAGCGAUGCACUUACCUGGUCCUGGAACUCUGCCCCAAUGGCUCGCUUAUGGACAUGGUCAAGAGGCGCAAGGGGUUGACGGAACCGGAGGUGCGCUUUUACUCGGUGCAGAUUGCUGGCGCCAUCAAGUACAUGCACGCCAAGGGUAUCAUCCACCGUGACCUGAAAAUGGGCAACAUCUUCCUCGACAAACACAUGAAUGCCAAGAUUGGAGACUUUGGUCUGGCUGCUCUGCUUCUGACAGGCAAGGAUAUGCAGAUUAUGCGCCGGACAACGCUGUGCGGAACGCCCAACUACAUCGCACCCGAAAUCUUGGAGAAGGGCAAGAAGGGUCAUGAUCACAUGGUUGAUAUCUGGAGCUUGGGUAUCAUUGUCUUUGCUAUGCUUACUUCGAAGCCGCCUUUCCAGUCCUCGACAACCGACGAGAUUUACCGACGUGCCAAAGAUAGAGAUUACGAAUGGCCUGCGCCAUCUGCCGGGCGCCCAUUCAUCAGCCAGGAAGCCAAGGACCUUGUUGCCACAAUGCUGCAAGAAGCCUCCCAAAGACCAGAUCCAGAUACCAUCGUUGGUCACCCAUUCUUCACCUCUGGCUACAUGCCCAGCUCCUCCGAAAUCACACCGAAACUGAGAGAGAUUCCUCCACAAAGCGCUGCAUUUUACGAGCCUCUUUCCAGCUCCAAGGCGCAAGCCAUCAACCUUCGGACCGUGCAGGAAAUGUGCCAGGAGUGUGGUGUUGGGCCUUGGCAACAGUCACAACUAGUGUUCAAGAAUAUCUGGCGGGAGAUGGCAGAAGAGGAACACUACGGGCUGACUCCUGUCAUUCCUCUGGCCGAGGGUAUUGUUUACCGUCCGUUUGACGAGGUCCGGAAUGAGCAGAAACUGCAACGCCUCGCCGCACAACAAGACCGGGCCACUCAGCAAGCGACAGAAAAACUGUCUCAACUUUCUGUAUCUGACGAUCUUAGUGGCCUUAGCCAGAGCACCCAGUCUCAGAGUCAAAGAGUGCCUUCAGGCCUUUUGCGAGCACCACCACAGAGUUUUGCUGCCCAGCAGAGAGCUCAGCAUAGACCGGCUACCACGGUCGCCCCUGCCCCUGUCCCUCUUGUUCGGUCUCAAACAGUCCCCGAGCCCGUAUCGAGAACAACAACGAGCAGCUUGCGGGCGAGACCUAGGCGAGAGUUGUCUGCACCAGUAUCGUCAACUGCCGAGACCGCUGAAGAGGCACCGAAAAGAACCAGUCGCACCUUGCGCAGUCAACCAACGAGAAGCAGGACCACGGCAGCCUUGCCUGCCGAAGAGGCUGCUCCGCAGACGCGACCAUCGGUAUCCAAGCCAGCCAAACCUCAGGAAGAGAUGCUUUCGCUCUUUGGCCCGACGGAGUGUCAGGAACACGUCCCGGGCACUCAACCUGAUGUUGUCUUGGACCGUCUCCAGAAGUUGCAGGCGGAACUGGAAAGGGCGCUCAAUGCCCGUACCAUGGCUAUCGUCUCCACCAAGGAGCAAACGCCAGCUCCCCCACAGAUUGUGGUCAAGUGGGUUGAUUACACAAACAAGUUUGGCUUGGGCUACAUCCUGAACGAUGGCAGUGUUGGAUGCAUCCUCCGGAGCAUUCCUGCAAACGAGGGUUCCCGAAGCGGUGUUUUGCCUCCCGCUUGCUUGCUGGUUCACGGUGCUGAACGGCAUUGUCAGCGGAAGGAGGACCCGACUUAUAGGGACAGACACCAGAUUGUCCCCAUGAAUGAGGGCAUUUACUUUUACGAAAACAACGGGGAGGAUGGUAUCUCGCGUGUUCGAGUCCCUCCUCAAAACUUUGCCGUAACAGUCAACUCGGAGGGGUCAGUGGGGAGACUCUCAGCCGGUAAAGACAUGUACGACCAUCGGAAGCGGGAGAGGGUGGUCUUGUGGAAAAAGUUUGCCAAUUACAUGAUUGCUUAUGGCCGUGAGAUGGAGAACCCGGAGGAGGUUAACAUCCGCCCUCCUACCAUCACAGACCUGGACGCAGCGCCGAAUGAUGUUGUUACGUUCUAUCAGCGUUUUGGCGAUGUGGGGUGCUGGAUGUUCUGCGAUGGGCACAUGCAGUUUAAUUUCCCCGACCACACCAAGAUUGUCCUUGAUUCAACAGGGACGUGGUGUCAUUUCUGGCAUUUGCCGCAGGAUGCUGCAAAGAGGUUGUAUGAGACGGGAUCUCUGGCCGAGUCAGCGCUGGAUGACCGGUCGGUGUUGUCGUAUCCUGUGCAGACUCUCUUGAACUUUUCGACGGUGCCAAAGCAGCCGGCGCCGAGGGCUGGAACCAGGAGCACUAGCAGCUCGUCGAGGAGACGGCCGGAGAUUAGCCCGGAGAUGCAGGGGAUUCCGGCGGCAAACAUGUUUAGGCAGAAGAUUGAGUUUAUCAGGGAUAUUGUGCGGGAGUGGAACGGGAACGGGGGGAUUGGGAACAGCGAUAUGACGCGGGAGAGGAGGUUGAGGUGGACGGGGAUGAGGGAGACGAAGAAUGUGCAGAUUCCGGCGAAGCAUGUUUGGGUCAGCAUUGGGGCUAGGUGGGGAGAUCAAAGGUUGUCGGCGUAUGUGGAUCCGAGGAGACCGGAGGAGAUUGGGGAGGAUAUUGAUGAGAGUAAGAAGAGGUGAGGAGGAGAGGAGGGGAGUGGAAGAAAAGGGGUGGUUUACAUUCGUUUUUUGGGGGGCGUUGUGGUGGUGGUGGUGGUGGUGGUGGUGGUGUAUAUAUUUAUCCUUUUUUUUGAGAAGAAGGCUGGUUUGGGGAGAUGAUGUUAUGAUUCCUUAUUUUGUUGGGAUUGGGCGUUGUGUUUAGUUUAUGGUUUUCUCUUUCAAGGGUGAGAGAGAGAGUGGGAUUAUUUGGUCGUUUCCUUUGCUCGGGACAUGGGUUUUUCUAACUGCCGUUAUAUAUCAUUAGUUUGGCAUGAAUUUGUUGGGUUAUGGCCUGGCUGACGUGUUGAUUUGGGUGGAAGUGAUUUACUUGUUCAUUGA